UGUUUAGUAAGGCAGGGUGGGAUGGACAUCAGAAGGUCAUAAACUUGUGGAAAAAGCAUCUGGCUCUGUUAUCAUGGAAAACAGAGGAUUUGGAGGAAGAAGAGGCAAAGAGGGUUCAUUUAAGCGUGCAUCUAUCAAACGUACCUCAUCUGGCUCUCAGAAGGUUCAGCGGGCAUGGAUUGAAAGAACAUUUUUCAAAAGGGAAUGUAUUUGCAUAUUCCCCAGCAGAGAGCCCAACAAGUGUUGUUGCGGUCAGCUUGUAAACCUGCAUGUGGCUAUUCUUCCUGGUUCCACCAAUAAGAGUGCAGACGAAGGUCAGGGGGUACAGACUGAUCCUCCCCAUGAGAAAUGGUCCAUUGCUAAGCACACACAAGCCACGCCCACUGACGCAUAUGGCAUCAUUGAAUUCCAGGGAGGAGGCCAUGCCAACAAGGCCAUGUACAUCCGUGUAUCCUCUGAUAGUAAACCUGAUCAUCUUCUGCAUUUAAUGGUGAAAGAGUGGCAACUGGAGCUGCCCACCCUACUUAUAUCUGUGCACGGUGGCCUGCAGAACUUCGAUUUGCAACCCAAACUCAAGCAGGUGUUCGGGAAGGGUCUGAUAAAAGCAGCCGUCACCACUGGGGCCUGGAUCUUUACUGGGGGAGUUAGUACAGGAGUGAUUCGGCAUGUAGGAGAUGCGCUGAAGGAUCACUCCUCUAAGUCCCGUGGGAAGGUGUGUGCCAUUGGAAUUGCACCUUGGGGCAUUGUGGAAAAUAAAGAAGAUCUGAUUGGACGAGAUGUGACUCGACCGUACCAAACCAUGUCCAACCCCCUCAGCAAACUUUCUGUGCUUAACAAUAGCCACUCCCACUUCAUUCUGGCUGACAACGGCACUCACGGAAAGUAUGGCGCUGAGGUCCGUCUGCGCAGACAGCUGGAGAAACACAUCUCCCUGCAGAAGAUCAACACACGUCUGGGACAGGGGGUCCCUUUGGUGUGUUUGAUCCUUGAAGGAGGGCCGAAUGUAAUCUCCAUUGUGCUGGAGAGUUUGCGCGAGGACCCUCCUGUCCCUGUGGUGGUGUGUGACGGGAGUGGCCGAGCAUCAGAUAUCAUUUCAUUUGCUCACAAGUAUUCGGAGGAGGAUGGGCUGAUAAAUGAGAGCGUUAGAGAUCAGCUUCUAGUGACCAUACAGAAGACAUUCAACUACAACCGAAAUCAGGGACAGCAGAUUUAUCUUAUGGUGAUGGAGUGCAUGAAGAAAAAGGAACUGAUUACAGUGUUUCGCACAGCCUCCGAGGGUCAGCAGGAUAUUGAGAUGGCCAUCUUAACUGCUUUACUGAAAGGCACAAAUGCCUCUGCUCCAGACCAGCUGAGUUUGGCUUUGGCCUGGAAUCGAGUGGACAUUGCUCGCAGUCAAAUUUUCGUCAAUGGACAGCACUGGCCUCCUUCUGGGUCCCUUUCGACAACGUCCACAAAUCAGCAAGAUAAACCAAAGAGCCCAACCGCCAGCCGUGCCAGCAAGGGUAAACCUGUCAGAGGCAAGAAGGGCAAAGGUGCCAAAGGUAAACCUGAGGCUCCUGAGGAGACCGACCCCAGAAAACUGGAGCUGCGUAACUGGGUCCAUUCUCUGGAGCAAGCCAUGAUGGACGCACUCGUGCUUGACCGAGUGGAUUUUGUGAAGCUCCUCAUUGAAAACGGCGUCAAUAUUAACCAUUUCCUCACGAUCCCGCGGCUGGAAGAGCUCUAUAACACGAGAUUAGGACCGAUCAACACACUGCACUUUGUGGUCAGAGAUGUGAAAAAGGGCAACCUACCACCAGAUUACCAGAUCACUCUGAUUGACAUUGGGCUGGUUCUGGAGUACCUCAUGGGAGGAGCAUAUCGAUGUAAAUAUACAAGGAAAAGCUUUCGUACACUCUAUAAUAACCUCUAUGGACUAAAAAGGCCAAAAGCACUUAAACUUCUGGGUAUGGAGGACGAUGACCCAAGGCCCAAAGGGAAAAGGAAGAUGAAGAAAAAAAAGGAGGAAGAAAUCGAUAUUGAUGUUGAUGACCCUGAGGUCAGUCGGUUUCAGUAUCCCUUUCAUGAGCUGAUGGUUUGGGCUGUGCUCAUGAAGCGUCAGAAGAUGGCGCUGUUUCUCUGGCAGAGGGGAGAGGAGGCCAUGGCCAAAGCUUUGGUCGCAUGUAAACUCUACAAAGCCAUGGCGCAUGAAUCUUCACGGAGUGAACUUGUGGACGACAUCUCACAAGAUCUCGACAACAAUUCAAAGGAAUUUGGUCAGUUAGCAUAUGAACUACUAGAUCAGUCGUACAAGCACGAUGAACAGGUAGCCAUGAAGCUGUUGACUUAUGAGCUUAAGAACUGGAGUAACUCCACCUGUCUCAAACUGGCUGUAGCUGCCAAACACAGAGACUUCAUAGCUCACACUUGCAGCCAGAUGCUGCUCACCGACAUGUGGAUGGGAUGUCUGCGGGUGGGGAAGAGCAAUGGACUCAAGGUGAUCCUUGGAAUCGUCUUUCCUCCCGCCAUCCUUCUCCUGGACUUCAGGACUGGUGACGAUCUGUCUUAUCAGAACUCCAAAGACAAAGAAGAGCUCAAAGACAAGGAGGAUGAUAACAAAUCUGGCAAGGAUGGCACUGUAAGCGUAGAAGCAACAUCUAAAAAAGGUGAUGAAGAGGAUGGUAAAAAACAGAAACGUGUUCCCAUUGGGAAGAAGAUUUAUUAUUUUUUUAAUGCACCGUAUACCAAGUUCUGGUUCAAUACGACUGCUUAUCUGGUAUACCUGAUGUUAUAUAAUUAUAUCAUUCUGGUGAAAAUGGAGAGAUGGCCAUCCUUACAGGAAUGGAUUGUCAUCUCCUACAUCAUCACUCUUGGGCUGGAAAAAGUUAGACAGAUUUUGAUGUCAGAGCCUGGAAAGCUUAAACAGAAAAUAAAUGUUUGGCUAGAAGAAUACUGGAAUAUCACUGACCUGGUGGCCAUCUCCGUGUUCCUUAUCGGGCUGUUGCUGCGCUUACAGAAUGAGCCUUACAUGGGUUACGGACGGGUCAUCUACUGCGUUGACAUCAUCUUUUGGUACAUUCGUGUCCUUGACAUCUUUGGUGUUAACAAGUACUUGGGACCGUACGUCAUGAUGAUUGGUAAAAUGAUGAUUGACAUGCUGUACUUUGUGGUGAUCAUGCUGGUGGUCCUUAUGAGUUUCGGCGUGGCACGUCAGGCCAUCCUUCACCCUGACGAGGAGCCAACGUGGCGCCUGGCGAGGAACAUCUUCUACAUGCCCUACUGGAUGAUCUAUGGAGAAGUGUUUGCUGACUCGAUAGACCGUAAGACUAGAAUUCAUAUCUAUGCAAUGGAGAUCAAUCCACCUUGUGGUGAUAACAUGUAUGAUGAAGAUGGGAAAAAGCUUCCUCCUUGUAUACCCGGGGCCUGGCUCACUCCUGCCAUCAUGGCCUGCUACCUGUUGGUAGCCAACAUCCUACUGGUGAACUUGCUUAUUGCUGUGUUCAAUAACACAUUCUUCGAAGUGAAAUCCAUCUCCAAUCAAGUGUGGAAGUUCCAGCGCUACCAGCUCAUUAUGACGUUUCACGACCGCCCGGUGCUGCCCCCUCCCCUCAUCAUCUUCAGCCACAUAUACAUUGUGUUGAAAUGCCUGUGCUGUCGCUGCAGGAAGAAACAGGAAGGAGAGCUGGAUGAGAGAGACCGCGGGCUGAAACUGACCCUUAGUCCAGAGGAAUUGAAGGGUCUGUAUGAGUUUGAAGAGCAGUGUGUGGAGGAAUACUUCAGAGAGAAAGAGGACGAGGCACAGUCUUCAAAUGACGAGCGAAUCCGAAUUACAGCCCAGAGGGUGGAGAACAUGUCCAUGCGUUUAGAGGAAGUGAAUGAAAGGGAGCACUCCAUGAAAGCCUCUCUGCAGACAGUGGACCUGCGCUUGGCUCAGCUGGAGGAGUUUUCCGGCCGAAUGAUGUUUGCUCUUGAACGACUGGCCGGGAUUGAACGAUGCGAACUGGUCCGCACCCGAUCUGGAAGCUCAUUAGUAUUGGACCAAUCCGGCUUGCAUCGCCGUAGUAGCAUUAACAGCGCCGAUGGCUACAGUUUGUACCGCUUGCAUCUUGACACGGCAGAAGACCGUGCAACGGCUGAGGAUGCAUCAGGAGACAGAAAGAGCCAGACGGUACCAGACAAUCGUGGCAGUAUUAGUAGCAAUGAGCCCCUUCUCAACCCUCAGCAAGUUCAUUCCUACGGUCCCACCUUGGAUGUGAUCCCUCAUCAGCAGAGGACCCGCUCAAAAUCCAGUGUGGACAUUUUUAUCUCUCCUUGUGAGUCACAAGAUGGGGGCCUGAAUUCCGAACCCCUAAUAGUCCCACAUGCUCUGCCCGAUUGCUCGUUCCAGUCUGGAAUGGUGGUAAAAAGGGGGAAAUUGGACACAGCACUCUCACAUCCUCUGGAGAGAGCACAGUCCCUGAGACAUCACACAACUGAACCACACAUUAGCUCACUUUGUUACACAAACAGAUCCCAAAGCGGUACUGUGUGCACUUCCAAGUUUGGAAGUGGUCAGGGGAAUACAUGGGCUUCAGAGCCCCAAGGUGUACAGGAUCAAGCAAGUAGAUCUCCAACCUUAGGUCGCUGGCCCCCACGCUUCGAUUAUAAAGUUCAUCCAUCCUCAUUCCCUCUUUCACCUUCAGAGAAAUCGAAAGACAUAGAAGAUGAAGAAGAGGCUUUUAGAGAGGCAAUGAGGAUGAAAACAGAAACACAUGUUGAUGAAAGGAAGAGAGACAUGAAUGAGUCUGAGGCUAAUAGCAGAAUGGACGACAUCAAGACAGAGAGAGAAAAGGAGAGAAAGGAGAUGACAGACUCAGAUCACUUGUAUGUAGCAGAAGACAAAAUGUAUCCUUCUCUCAGAUCUAAGAGUCUGAACACCAAUCCACGAAAGGUAAAGGCUGUAAGAGACAUCACAGAGAAGCCUCGGGCAGCCAGCAGCGUUAAGGACCUGGCUGGGGUCUUUGAUGUCGGCACCAAUGACCACAUACACUCCAGAGAGAGAACAGGCACACAGACAUGAAAUCUCAUGGGGGAUUUGUAUCUCCCAUAGCAAGAUGUUAAAUCACGGUAAAUAAAAUGUAAAAGACAGUGCAGUUAAAGGGAUGUAUUAUUUGCAGCUUAUUUUAGCUCCUUUGUUAUUUUAACUAAUAGAAACUAUUUAAAUACAUGAAAAGAGAGACAUUUGUCAUUUUAUUCAUGGAGUGUUAAUGAAAAAGGGAGUUUAAAUGUAUGUCGUAAAUGUAUGAAGUGUCACGUUUUUUUAAAUAAAGGGACAUUUAUCUUUAGUAGUAAAGGUGUUUCGAACUGAACUGUAAAAAUAUGCAUUUUUGUCAAAUCAACAUAUAUUUUUAUGUUACU